AUGGCCUCUCCCAAACAGCGUCGAUGGUACCAGAUGCGCUGGUUCUCCGAGGAGGACAGUCAUGCAGAUCGGAAAUUGAUCCUCAAGCUUGAUGCUCUUAUUGUUCCCUAUGCUUUUCUGUCCUACUGGACGAAAUACAUUGAUCAGGCUAACCUGAACAAUGCCUAUGUAUCGGGAAUGCAAGAAGAUCUUGGUCUGCGUGGCGAUGACCUGGUGAACAUGCAGACAAUGUACACCGUUGGUGCGGUGGUUGGCCAGCUUCCCUUUGCCUACCUCUUCACGCGCGUGCCCAUCUCAUGGCUCAUCCCCAUCAUGGACAUUCUGUGGGGAGUGUUCACUCUUCUGCAGUAUCGAGCCACCUCGUAUAGUGAGAUGAUGGCCUAUCGAUUUCUGGUGGGAUGGUUCGAGGCGGCAUUCUUCCCCGGAAUGCAUUACAUCUUCGGCGCAUGGUAUCGCGGCGACGAAAUCGCUCGUCGCGGCGGCUGCUUCUACGUGGGCCUCACACUAGGCACACUGACCGCCAGCCUCAUCCAAGCCGGGGCCUCCUCCCGACUCGACGGAGUAGCCGGCCUCGCGGGCUGGCGCUGGAUGUUCAUCAUCUGCGCGAUCAUCACCAUCCCCAUCGGCAUCCUAGGAUUCUUCGUCCUCCCAGGCACCCCGGAGAAACCCAACCGGCUCAUCCUGCGCGACGAAGACAUCCAACGCGGGCGCGAACGCCUCGAACGCACCGGUCACCGCUUCACCAUCACCGGCUUCUCGAUCCUAGACACGGUGAAAUCCCUCUUCCGCAACCGCAAAUUCUACAUCUUCCUCAUUCUCGACAUUCUCUUCUGGAACGCGAGCCUCCACACCUCGGCAGGCGGAUACCUCCUCUGGCUGAAAUCGCUGAAGCGGUACAGCACCGCCACGCUGAACAACCUCUCGGCCAUCGCCCCAGCCCUCGGCAUCUUCUACACCCUCUUCAUCUGCUUCCUCUCCGAUCUCUGCCUGGGGCCGGCAUGGGCUAUCGUGCUUGCCCACACGUGGAAUAGCUUGGGACUGCUGAUCCUCACGAUCUGGAAUGUCCCCGAGUCAGCGAAGUGGUUUGCCUUUUCAACCAUCUAUGCAUCCGUGGCUAUGUCGAGCGUGCUGUACGGGUGGGUAAAUACCGAGCUACGGUACUCGCCGCAGGAGCGGGCAGUAGUGCUGGUGGUGAUUAACGCGGUGGCGCAGUCGACGACGGCGUGGACGCCGUUGCUGGUGUUCCCGACGGUCGAGGGACCUCGCUUUACCAAGGGAUAUGCUUUUACGUUGGCGUGUGCGUUGAGUUUGAUUUUGUUGUGA